UAAAAAGGGAGUGACGAGUGUGUCCUCACUUCUAUAUCCACCCAAAAAGUGUCCUCACUUCUCUAGGGCUUUGUAAUCACUUCACAAAACGAACACACAAAUCCACAUUUCUCUUCUCUUCUCUUCUCUUCUCAGCCAGAGAACGAUCUAUUCAGGUUAAGCAAAAGGAAUAUAUGCGGAGACUGGGCUGUUGUUUCCUCUGGAAUUUUCAUUCUCAUCUUUGUUCUUCCAAAGCCUAUUGCGAGUAGGUGGGUUAUAUUUUGGUUCAAAAGCGCCAAUUGAAAAUUGAGAGCAGGCAAGUAACAGUAUUGUUACAGAUCACACAGCCAUGGUUCUUUUGUUCCGCAAUAAACAAGCCCAUGUAAGGUGUUUUGCUGAAAUAUAUUCAACAACUAGUAUACUGCAUUUCCUUCAAGACCGCCCUAUAUCAUCGUCAUCUUUGCCUCUGAAAUCAACUUCUUCAAAUCAACACUCAUUUACUGUCUCUUACCUCAUAGACUCAUGUGGGAUCACUCCAGAACAAGCUCAAUCAGCUUCUAGGUAUGUCAACUUUAAAUCCCCAGAUAGACCAAACUCAGUUCUCACCUUCUUGAAGAACCAUGGACUCUCCAAAACCCAAAUCUCAAAUGUCGCCAGAAAAGUUCCUGCUAUUCUUUCGUAUGAUCCCAAGAAAACCCUUUUACCCAAAUUUGAGUUUUUGUACUCUAUAGGCAUUUCAAAAGCUGACCUUGCAAAAGCAAUAACUGCAGGCCCAGCUGUGUUGAAACGAAGCCUAGAGAACCAGAUUAUCCCAUCUUUCAAUUUCUUCAAAGCUUUGUUACACUCAAAUACUAAAUUUAUCACUGCCUUUAAACGAUACCCGGAAAUACUUACUAUAGAUCACAAAGCUGUUACAAUCCCCAACAUCGAAAUUAUGAGACAACAUGGCGUGCCAGAGUCAAAAGUUGUGUUUUUGCUUACUAAUCAGCCUAGAUUAUUUACAGUGAAGCCUGAAGAAUUUAAAAAGACAGUGAAUGAAGUGAAGGAAAUGGGUUUUGACCCUUCGAAAUUGCAUUUUGUUCUAGCGGUUCACGCAUUGAGGUCAAUGAGAAAAUCAACAUGGCAAAGGAAGGUGGAGGUUUAUGGGAAGUGGGGUUGGUCCGAGGAACAAACAAUUCAAGCUUUUGGAAAAAAUCCAUGGUGUAUGAUGGCAUCCGAGGAGAAGAUAAUGGCAGUAAUGGAUUUUUAUGUCAACACAAUGGGUUGGGAAUCUUCACGAAUUGCCAGACGUCCAAAAUUUGUAUCGCUAAGCUUGGAGAAGAGAAUUGUCCCAAGGUGUUCUGUUGUUCAAGUUUUGUUGUCAAAAGGUUUGAUUGAUAAGAAACGCCUUCGUUUAGCAACAUUGUUGGAGUCUACUGAAAGUUCAUUUCUUGAGAAGUUUGUGAUCCGGUACAAUGAACAAGCACCCGAACUCUUGAAACUAUAUCAGGACAAAAUUGGUCUCCAAAAGUCAUAGGGGAAUGGGUGUGAAAUUAAGACCAAAUAAUCACAGAAUGUCCAGCGCUCGAAUCUAUCUAAGUUGGCAUUUCUUCUGUUUGCGUUUCUUCUUGUUUCUGAAACAUUUGGUUGCAUAUUUGACUGAUUUUACUAUUGACAAUGUUAAUGUUGCUAUUACCGAAACCUUUCAUGCUCUUGUGAUUGUAAACCGUGAAUGCAUAAGAUUCAUAAGUUUAACAUGACAGAAUGCAAGAAUUUUUUGAUUCUGAAUGAUGUCAGUGCGAUGGCAUGGUUCAACACAUCAGCCUCAACGGUUGAGUCAUUGGACUAUCAGGCAGUUCCUUUUAUGGGUCAUGAAGUGGAAUGGAUUGUAAGACAUUGGUUAAAUGUGAUCGGUACAAAUUACAUGUUUUUCCAAUUUGCGCCGAUACUCGAUUCCUAUUAUUAUUAUUAUUAUUUUACAUUAUUCUUAAUGCUGGGUUUGAUCUUCUUAACCAAUUGCAGAAGUGUACAGAACGACAGUUUCCACCUGCCGAUGUAGCCCAGAUGCUCGAUUCUGCUGUCACCGGUUUGCAGCUAUGCUGCUCGCAGAGCCAUCCGAUCUAUGCGGAGAUGCAAAAGUGCAUGGGAAUCAUCAGAAACCAAAUAUUGGCAGUCAUACCCACUUAGCCUCAGUACUAUUAUUGAAUCCUCACAGUAUACUUGCAAAUGUAGAGAGUAAAGAUGGUAUUUGUAUAAGCUCUCAGAUUUUGAAACUAGUUAAAAUAGUUUCACUUUUUUUUUUUCUAAGUUAUUUAUGUCCCUCUGAUUUGAAUAGAGAUCAAUACAUAGGAAUGUAACUUUGUAAAAAUCUUUCAGUUUAUGAUGUUUCAUUUC